AAAAAAAAAUGCGCUGCGACUGAGAGGAGCCCUCUGAUGCACUGCGCAAAUGAGUCCUGGAUGAUCGUCUUGUUCUCGAUGAAGGAGAACAUGCCGGUGGUGGUCUCCGCGAUGGUGUGCAUCGCCGCCGAAUCCUGAUCGGUGCCGGAACCAAAGGUGUGGCCGACGCGAAUCAAGGAAGAUGGCACGAGCACAUUCUAGUCGGUGGCCGACGGUGACCUUGGAGGCUUGGAUGUAGCGUGUAGCUGUCCUAGCCGUUGGAGAUGAGGAUGACAGCGGAGACGGUGUCCUAGUAUUGGCGGCCGUCAAUCAUCCUGGCAGUUUCGUGGAGGCCUUCUUUGAUGUUGGUCCAGCUGCAGGCGACGAGGGACUCAACGGCACGCUUGCCGCUUGGACGAGGCCCUCCCGUCGUUGGACACACGUGUGAGACGGCGUGUGGUGGAGGAGAACGAGACGAGGCUGAGGCGGUGGUCAGGUCCCAGCUUGUUGACGACGAACCCCAUGACCUGCUUCAGCAGGGCCAGCUUGACACCGACCAUACUCGUGCUGAUGUCGCACCAUCACAAGGUCGAGUGGCGCCGCAGAUGCACUGAACAGAGGUGUUUGCUUGCCAUUCGAAUGUUGCAGAUCAACUCCUUGUCAAUGGCGUGCAUGGUUGCACAGAUGCAAACUUUACAGCCUUGUACAUCCACCGCUAGUACAUCUGGACGUAGUGCAUUAUUCUCCAUGUAUACUAAUGUAUGAAGAGUCAGAUUAAGUAGAAAGCUUUCAGAUUAGUUCUAAAGCGACAGGUGUCACAAUCUGACAGGGGCCCUAGCUGGAAGGUUGUGCGGCCAAGCCACAUAGAAUUUUUUUCCGACGCCAAACGUCAUCCGGAAUCUUGGGAUCCAUCGGUAAGUGGCCGCGUUGUACACGCCUAGGUUUUCCAAAGAAAACAGAGCGGCGGCGAAAGAGGGCGCCCUACCCUACUGGUCUGGUAGGGGUAGAUUCAGCGGGAAGCGAGUCGUCGACGCGGAAGGAAGCCGUGGAGGAGACGGGAAUAGGUCUGAGAUGGCGGGGGUGAGCUCUGACUCUGAGGCGAGGAUGGCGAAGGUAAAGAAGAUACAAGAGAGGAUGGCGAUGACAAAGGCCUUCCUCCAGAGACAACAGAAGUUGCCAACGAAGAAGAAGGCGAAUGAUGACGAAUCAGCAGAUCCCAGUUCCACCAAUUUAGUGGCCAUCCAAGAUAACCAUCUCGACAAAGGUAAAUCAGCAUUGGCCAAGAAGACGUCAGAUGAGGAGGCGUUGGAUUACGCUUGGUACCGUCUAAACUGGGAAUCAAAUUGUUGCAAAAACUGUGAUCACUUCGAAAACUUAACGGUGCUGAGUUCAAUGCAGUUUACACACUACACACCCGGAAUCAUCCCAUACAACAGUGCUGGCGCCGCCGUGGAUACCUUGCAGAUCUUCUCCAUGAAACUCAAACUCACAGAUGACAUUGCUGGUGGUUUUGAGUUGCCAUUGUCUGUGUACGGCGUAGUUGCUGUUCGAGACACUGUGGAUUCCAGCCGAAACAUUCUAUUCUCUUGCGAUAGGACCAUGGCCCAAGAACUGACACAGGAUGAUCCUUUUCUGCACUUGACUGGUCCGUCCCGUGCGAUCGUUUCCAUGGACAUGCUCUACUUUGAGAUCCAACUGAAAGUAAAAGGUGCAGCAGAGUCUCAAGACAAUUCGUUGAUCACUUGUGCACGUGGUUACACCGGAGGAUGCGGUUCUGGCAUAUCAACCCUGUGCUUCAAGAACGUCUUCUGCACGCUAGAGUUGUGCUUGCAGCCAGUUAAACGAACGGUCCAGGCCACUAUCUUGACUGUCCAGAUUGUCAAGAAGAAAGAGUUAUGGCCUUUAAGUUUUGCAUAUGGCGGACUGGUUGCUUGCACCCCACUACCAAGGACGACAAUGGUGUCCGCUGAUAGUGGAGUCUCAUCCAACCAAAUUGUGCUGAUUGAGUCGAAAGGUAGACCAAUGCCGAAAGGUGUUAAUGGGCAUGUACAUCUGUGGAGGCAAGUUGUUUCUGUAGAACGUGGAGGAGGUUUGGACGUUGUCAUACAAGCCUACUCCAAAUCUGGUGCUGUCCAUGUAGAAGGUCGCGUCCAUUUCACGUCCCAAACUUGCUCUGUAAGCCAGCAGGAAUGUGUUGUUGGUGAAGCUCAGGCAGACAGAGGUUCGGUAGUUGGAAAACCUGAAGACUUUUUGACAAAAGUUGGGAAAGCAGAAGCUCCUGUGACAGAAGCUGGGAAAGCAGAAGAAUCCGUAACAGAAAUUUUGAAAGCUCAAGAAUCUGACCAAGAGGCGAGUACAGUGAAGGUAAAGAAGAUACAAGAGAGCAUGGCGAUGACAAAGGCCUUCCUCCACAGCCAAGAUAAGUUGCCAACGAAGAAGAAGGCCAAGGCGAAGGAUGAAGAAUCAGCGGAUUCCAGUUCCACCAAUUCAAUGACCAUCCAAGAUAACCAUGUCUACAAAGGUAAAUCAGCAUUGGCUAAGAAGACGGCAGAUGAGGAGGCGGCGGAUUACGCUUGGUACCGUCUAAGCUGGGAAUCUAAUUGUUGCAAAAACUGUGAUCACUUCGAAAACUCAACGGUGCUGAGUUCGAUGUUGUUUACACACUACACACCUGGAAUCAUCCCAUAUGACAGUGCCGGCGCCGCCGUGGAUACCUUGCAGAUCUUCUCCAUGCAACUGAAACUCACAGACGACAUUGCUGGUAGUUUUGAGUUGCCAUUGUCUGUGUACGGUGUGGUUGCCGUCCGAGACACCCUGGAUUCCAGGCGAAACAUUCUCUUCUCUUGCGAUAGGACCAUGGCCCAAGAAUUGACACAGGAUGAUCCUUUUCUGCACUUGACUGGUCCGUCCCGUGCAAUCGUGUCCAUGGAUACGGUCUACUUUGAGAUCGAACUGAAAGUGAAAGGUGCAGCAGACUCUCAAGACAAAUCGUUGAUCACUUGUGCACAGGGUUACACCGGAGGAUGCGGUCCUGGCAUAUCAACCCUGUGCUUGAAGAACGUCUUCUGUACGCUAGAGUUGUGCUCGCAGCCAGUUAAACGAACGGUCCAGGCCACUAUCUUGAGCAUCCAGAUUGUCAAGAAGAAAGAGCUAUGGCCUUUAAGUUUUGCAUAUGGCGGCCUGGUUGCUUGCACCCCACUACCAAGGGCGACAAUGGUGGCAGCUGAUUGUGGAGUCUCAUCCAACCAGAUUGUUCUGAUUGAGUCGAGAGGUAAACCAAUGCUGAAAGGUGCUCGUGGGUACGUACAUCUGUGGAGGCAAGUUGUUUCUGUAGAACGUGGAGGAGGGCUGGACGUUGUCAUACAAGCCUACUCCAAAUCUGGUGCUGUCCAUGCAGAAGGUCGUGUCCAUUUCACGGCCCAAAAUUGCUACGUAAGCCAGGGGGAAUGUAUUGUUGGUGAAGCUCAGGUAACUGUUGCUGUUGCUUGGUCCCUUGUUCCCGACGACAUGGACGAUGUGGUGUCUGCAGAGGUAGGAUAGUUGUUUGAAGCUUGCAGCCAGCAUAUUUCAAUCAGUGUGAUGUCCGCAGCAUAUGUUGUGCUGCUGAUUACUUCGCACGACUAAAUUGUCUGAGUAACUGAGUUAGCUUACUUGCUUAUUUUAGUUUACGAAAAGCUUGCUUCUUUUCGCACGUGGUGGAUCCCAGUCCAUCCACAUAUAACAUACGAACCAUGGGUUCCACUUGGGUUGCCA